CGUAUGGCACGGAGGGCGUGGUCGACUUGUGAAAUGUCAGGGAGGAAUGGCGCUCGGCGCGGUAUUUUGAACAAUCGCCUUUUCCUUUCCUCGUUUUAUCUGGAAACGUCGCCCAGCGUAAAAAUCUCCGAGAGCUGAGACUUUGCAAGCAUGGAUGUGGUGUCACCAGAGCUCAACAGCCUCCUUCCUGAUGAGAUCAUGGACACUGAGGCGAUAGAGGACAUCCCUCAGUCCCAACCCGACGGCACCACGGUCCAGUCAGAGCCCAGCGAUGACGCACCGGUCCCGAUGGAGACGGAUACACCCAUAGCUGCAGAAAACCUGAGCCUCUGUGCAGAUGCCACUUCAACAGAACACACUCAGGCUCUCACCACCUCCACCACCUCAGACUCCACGCUCAGCAUCAGCUCCGGAAGUCAGCUUCCUAUCUCAAUUUCCAGCACGUCUGCAUCCCUUCUUACCCUCAAACCAGCCCUGGCUACUUCCAUAGCCACCACGAAAACGACAGACAGUUUGACUGGGACUAGUAUCUCCACAAGUGGGUUACAGAAGCUCACGGCUCCGUUUACCAUCUCUGCUGCAAACCACCAGAUUAUUCUCAACAAGGUGGCCUCAUCUCAAGCCACAGAGGCGGCGAAGGCUGCAGGUACUCAGCCCCAGGUCAUCAAGCAGGAAGGACAAAAACUUUUGGUGACAGCAAUAGGAAAGUCGGGGCAGCCCAUAGUGCUGCAGUUGCCCCACACAGGCAGCAAGGCUGGCGUUUCACAGACUUCAGGAGAUGCCAAAUCUCAAGCGCCACAGUUUAAAGUGGUGACUAUUGGAGGGAGGUCGGAGCUGAAGCCGGUGGCCGGGAGUGCUGGCAACCAGCUGACCACACUACAGGCCCAGCAGCUGAAGACCGUACAGAUUGCUAAUAAGACACCAGUGUCCUCAGCCGCACCGAUCAAGUUCAUCAUCACAAAAACCGUGAACAGCAAAGGUCUCAGUCCUCAGACGUCAGUGUCUCCUGUUAUUGCAGGGCGGGUCCUGACACAGAAUUCCCCGGGGAUGCCUCCGAGGACCAUCAACCUCUCUGAGUCCCACAACACAACAAUACAAAGUAUUCCCGGCAAAAAGAUCGCUAUAUCACCCCUCAAGACUCCCAGCAAGGUGACUGUAGUGUCUGUGGCUUCCCCGACCUCCAGCGCCUCCCAGAAGUCAGUGACGCUCCCUGUCAAUGUAGCACUUGGCCAGCAGAUCCUCACAGUCCAACAGUCCACGUCUGCAUCUCCAGUCAAGGUGGCCACCAGCCAGACCACGACGCAGAGUAUCAAACCGGUGCAGUCUGUGGCCGUGGGAGGCGUCAGUGGCUCCCAGUUCAAGACCAUCAUCCCUCUGGCCACCCAGCCAAAUGUGCAGCAGAUUCAGGUUCCAGGUAGCAGGUUCCACUACGUCCGCCUCGUCACAGCAACCACAGCGAGCAGCUCGACGCAGCCCAGCGGUCCCAGCACCAGCUCCAUACAGACAGCUAAACCCAUGGUGGUGAGCACAGGAGCAGUCAGGAUGUCUGUCCCCAUCGUCCCAGCACAGACCAUCAAGCAGAUGGCACCGAAGCCCUUGACAUCAGCAGCCGUAGUAACCACCACACAGACCCAGCAACGCCUGAUCAUGCCUGCCACUCCGCUACCCCAGAUCCAGCCCAACUUCACCAGCCUCCCUCCAGGCACCGUUCUGGCUCCAGCUCCAGGAGGCGGGAACGUGGGCUACGCCGUCGUGCCAGCACAAUAUGUCACACAGCUCCAGCAGACGCCGUUUGUGACCCUCGCCAGCAGCUCUGGUUUCCCGGCGUCCACUGGGGUCCAGACUCAGGCCAAACUGCCACUCAAUGGCUUGUCAACAGCAGAGACGACCUCAAGGCCGAGGAAACCAUGUAACUGCACCAAGUCACAGUGUCUCAAACUAUACUGUGACUGCUUUGCAAACGGAGAGUUCUGUAAUAAUUGUAACUGCAAUAACUGCUUCAAUAACCUGGAGCAUGAAACAGAACGUCUCAAAGCUAUAAAGACGUGUCUGGACCGGAACCCGGAGGCCUUCAAACCUAAAAUCGGUAAAGGCAAAGAGGGCGAGUCGGACCGUCGACACAGCAAAGGCUGCAACUGCAAACGCUCAGGCUGCCUGAAGAACUACUGCGAGUGUUACGAGGCGAAGAUCAUGUGCUCGUCCAUCUGUAAGUGCAUCGGCUGCAAGAACUUUGAGGAGAGUCCAGAGAGGAAGACGCUGAUGCACUUGGCAGAUGCAGCAGAAGUGAGAGUACAGCAGCAAACUGCAGCGAAGACCAAGCUGUCGUCACAGAUCUCAGACCUGCUCAUGAGGACGACGCCCGUUAUUUCAAGUGGAGGCGGGAGGCUGCCGUACACGUUUGUCACAAAGGAGGUGCUUGAAGCGACGUGCGAGUGUCUGCUGGAACAGGCCAAAAAGGCCGAACAGACUCACCAGCCUCAGGUGGAAGCAGAGAGGAUGAUCCUGGAGGAGUUCGGACACUGCCUCAUGAGGAUAAUCAGCUCGGCGGGGAAAGCCAAAGCAGACUGUGCCUCCAUCAACUGCUAGGCCGAGCUCUCUGGCUCCCUCCACCCUCUAACCUGAACCCAGCUGCGGGGGCCGAGAGGCACGGAUUACUCUGCACUCUGUCUCGGACCCCCGGGGUUUCUUUCCUACAGGGAAACAGGUUGUCUCCCUCAACAAAAGGCAGAACAAUGGCCUGAGAGUAGACUCCCCUGCCUGGGGAAAGCUAAGACCAGCUGGGAUAAUAAACAUGGAACAGACGUUUGCAAACUGAAGGACAAAUGGACAGAGCACGGCGCCUCUGGCGGACUUUAGAGCUGUUCUCACAUUUGUUCACCUGGCUGCGAUGGACAGAAAUGACUCUGAGCUGAGCGCUGAACAGGGAUUUUAACAUUUCUUCACUUUACUUUCCCUCCAAGGGUCCCAUGAAAUCUGUUCUCCAACUUUUGUUCUUCCAUUUUAUUCUGUUCCUUUUUGUUCUUUCUCCCUUUUUGACAAAGCAAUGGCUGUAAUUUUUAUGUAAUCAUCUGUGCUUACGGUAGACAAACAGAACGUGUAUCUUUUGAUAUUUAUUUUGACAAGUAUUUGUAAUCAUUGUGAGCGCUAAUAACUGUGUGGCUUAUAGUGCUGCAAGCUGUUAAUUAUUAUUAACCAACGCUAGGCUAAAUUGUUCAAUGAAAACUGAGUAGAGGCAAAUUUAGGUUCACACCUAAAAGCAAAUUAAUUGUAAGAUGAAUGCAAACACACAAUGCAUUAUGUGCACACACACACACACACACACACGCAGCACUGCUCAGAGUAGGUGGAACACGGCUGGUUGGGCGGAGGUCGACGUUUCCUCUGGUGCUGUUUUGUUAUCAGUCACAUGCUUACUGUACAUUAAAACACCAUGAAUGGAAAAACAA